GGACCGGAUAGUUGGGAAGGGAUGAUGAUUAUGCAUACUUGAGAAGCCUAUAUAAAAGCUGCCUGCAACUAUGGAAAUCGGUCAGUUGUGCUAACGCUGGACUUCAACGACUCGAGGAAGUACUUAUAGUGAAGUUUAUUAAUAGAUAAUAAAGUUGUGUUCUACAUAUACAUUUAUGUAUAUUAUAACUAUACAGUUCAAAUAAAGAAGAAUAUACGGGGCAUCCAAAGCCAGACAGAGAUUGUGAUUAUUUAGUGUUAUUACAGUGGUGAAGCAUUCAAAAAGCCUCAAGUGAAAUGAUUUAUAACUUCCCAUAUAGAGUGUGAGAGUUGAAAAUCUUUACAUUAUUUCAACAUUUCUCGAAACAUUCUUAAUCUUAUCACUUUGGAACAGUCCUUGCCGAAAAUAAGAAAACCGUGUGAGGAUUCUAGUGAAAGUGGAAAGUUUAAUUUUCGGCCAAAUUGAGGACUAAGAGUGCUAAAAAAACACGCCACUUUGGAUUAAUCGCGUGACUCUGUAGCUUUUUUUUUUUAAAAAACUUUGGGACAAGUGGAGGCGGAUUAACCAGCGAAAUCAUGUCGAACACUGUUGCUCCUGAGCUGCCCCUUGGACCAAACACAUGGACAGCAAGUAGUGUAUUCUACUUCCUGCUCGCUCCUGCUAUCAUUCUAUGGAUUAUAUAUUGGAAAUUGUCCCGUCGUCAUCUUGUGGAAUUGGGUGAAAAAUUGCCAGGACCACCCACACUCCCAAUUAUUGGGAAUUUAAUGAGUCUUCUGGGUUCGCCACACAAAACAUUCGAAAAUGUUAUGCGAAUGGGCAAGAUAUAUCCAGGAGGAGUUGUACGUUUGUGGGUUGGACCCAAAUUGACGGUUUUCCUCUUCGAUCCUCGGGACAUUGAAUUAAUUCUCAGCAGUCACAUUUACAUUGAUAAAUCCACAGAAUACAGUUUCUUUAAACCCUGGCUCGGAAAUGGAUUAUUAAUCAGUUCAGGCCACAAAUGGAGAUCACAUCGACGAAUUAUUGCGCCCACAUUCCAUCUCAACGUCCUCAAGAGCUUCAUAGAUCUCUUCAAUGAGAAUUCACGCCAUGUGUGCAAUCGAUUGAAGGAUGAAGUGGGAAAGACAUUUGACUGUCACGACUACAUGUCUGAGGCUACAGUGGAAAUUCUGCUGGAAACUGCAAUGGGUGUCUCGAAGAAGACACAAGAGUCUGGCUACGAAUACGCCAUGGCAGUUAUGAAGAUGUGUGACAUUCUUCACUUGCGCAUCCGCAAGAUCUGGCUUCGUCCCAACAGUAUCUUCAAUCUCACGAGUCACGCUAGUCGCCAGGAGAAGUUGCUUAGCAUCAUUCAUGGUCUCACUAAGCGCGUGAUUACGAGCAAAAAGGAGGCCUUCAAGAACGGUACCCGAGGCUCUCUGGCGGAAACAAAUAUCAAGACAGAAUCUACACCCAGCGUUAAGGCUCGAUCGGACAACACUACCACUGUCGAGGGUCUGUCCUUUGGUCAAUCAUCCGGACUGAAGGAUGAUCUGGACGUGGAGGAGAAUGAUAUUGGCGAGAAGAAGAGAUCAGCCUUCCUCGAGUUGCUACUUGAGAGCGCAGAAAAUGGUGCCUCAAUCACUGAAGAUGAAAUCCGUGAGCAGGUUAACACAAUCAUGUUUGAAGGACACGACACAACAGCUGCUGCAAGUUCAUUCUUCCUUACACUAAUGGGACUUCACCAGAACAUCCAGGACAAAGUGAUUCAGGAACUCGAUGAGAUAUUCGGUGACUCUGACAGACCGGCCACAUUCCAGGACACUCUCGAGAUGAAGUAUUUGGAGAGAUGCCUCAUGGAAACUCUUCGAAUGUAUCCACCAGUGCCAAUUAUUGCCAGACAGCUCAAGGAGGACCUCAAAUUAUCAUCUGGAAAUUACACAAUUCCUGCUGGAGCAACUGUCGUAGUGGCCACAUAUAAACUCCAUCGCAUGGAGAAUCUCUACCCUAAUCCAGAUGUCUUCGAUCCCGACAACUUCCUACCCGAGCGACAGGCCAAGCGUCACUAUUACGCCUUCGUGCCCUUCUCGGCUGGUCCCAGGAGUUGUGUUGGUCGCAAAUAUGCCAUGCUGAAACUGAAAAUUCUCCUGUCCACCAUCCUCCGCAACUACCGCAUUCACUCAAAUGUCGACGAGAAGGACUUCAAACUACAAGCUGACAUUAUUCUGAAGCGAGAAGAAGGCUUUCCCGUUAGAGUUGUGCCUCGGAAGAAGCUGACAGCAUAACACAAUCUAUGUGCAAUUUGUCCAUCUGUUGCCUUAAGAAAACAUACACCCACUCGUUUCUCUUUUAACCUAUAAUUCUCUUACAUUAUGGAAAGGAGAAAAAAAAGCAUUCCCAUCAAUUUUCAUAGACAAUAUUACUUGUAUUUUUGUUCUUUAGUUUUUUUUGAGAUUAUCUAUGAGAAAUAAUUUCUCAUGUGAAUAAUUAUUGCAAAUAAUAAUGAUCAUAUUUAGAGAAAAACUACUGAAUUGAUCAACUUUUCUUUCCUAUAAAAUAAUCCUGUUAAUUUAUUCCUUGUCUUUCUUCAUCUAUUUCCGCAUUUUAUUAAAUCAAGCUUUGUCUCAUAUGUUCACAUAUUGCUAAUCCCAUUUAUUUCUACCUUCAUAAAUUAUUUACCAUGAUUUACGUUGACUCGAGAGACAUAAAACUAAUGGAAUGAUUGAAAUAAUAAAAUCAUUUUAAUGGAAUGAAUUGCUUUUGCACAAUAAUUUUCGGAUAUUAUAGGGUAGUGUUAUCAUUUUUAUUACCACCUUGAAUAUAUUUAGUAUUUUCUCAAUAUUUCGAUAUUUAAGAUUUCAAAACUACAUUAUCAAUAUUUUGUAAUGAAGUUCUCAAGUACCGAAAUGUCAAUUUAUUUAAUGUGGCAAUUAAAUGAGGCAUUGGCACUUAGUCAUGCCAUUACCCUACUCAAAUUUUAAUUUUUUAAAUUUUUGAGUUAAUUCCUAUAAUUCUACCUUUACCUCCAAGAACAUAUACUUUUCUCCUCAUUUCUCUAAAUACUAUCUGGAUUCUAGUGCAAAUGAUUUUUUUUACAAUUGAAUACAGAAUAUUUUAUUCUUUUUAUGAAGAACAGAAUAAAGUGAAUAAAGAUAUUGUGGUAAAUUGAUCAAAAAUUGCAUCUUGAUUUAUUUUUUAUUUUGCAGAAAUUUCACGAAUAGUGUAAAUGGACUCAUAAUAAAAAAAAUAUAUUUUCUAAUUUAUGGAAAUAAAAGAGAAUAUUUUGAAUAAC